AUGUUGCUGCUAGUUUGUGCAUUCUUAUGCUUCUGGGGAUUUGAUUCCUCCCUCGUAGCAGGAGAAAGCACAAUCCGACACGGCGAUGAACUCAACUCAUCUGGUAGUCUUCUUGUUUAUGAAAGUAGGUACUUCACCUUAGGAUUUUUCAACACCACCAUGACAGCUUCCAGUUAUUUAGGAAUAUGGUACACCUAUGGGGACAAGAUAAGGAUAGUAUGGGUUGCCAAUCCUAACACACCAAUUUUGAACAAUUUUGGAGUUCUGACUAUUGAUAGCAAGGGAAGGUUAAAGCUUAUGAGUGGAGGGAGUACUCUUGUGAAUGUUUCUGAUCAAGUGGGGACCGGAAAUGUUAGUGCCACACUAGAAGAUUCAGGUAACUUUGUGGUGAUGGAUGAAACUGAAAACAGGAUUUUGUGGCAGAGCUUUGAUCAUCCUGGCAGCACGCUAUUGCAAGCUAGUGAUGGGUACUACUUCACUUUUUCUGUUGGUGACGAAAGGAUGUUGUGGAACCUGAUUCCAGAUGGGCAAAUUGUUGAUGGAAAUAAGUGGUGGAUAUGGUUAAUUAUUUUUGUAGCAAUUUCUCUACUUCUGCUUAGCUUGGGCCUCUUCUACUAUUUCAGAAGGAGAAAGCUUAGAAACGAAGGGGAGGAGAAAAAAAUGCAAGAACAAUACUUAUUUCAGUUGACAGCUUCAGACAACCUUAACAAUGGAAAUGAUGCCGAAAAUGAUGUGAGGGAAGGUCAUGAUUUGAAGAUAUUUAGCUUUGCCUCUAUUUUGGAUGCCACAGAUGGCUUCUCAAAGGAAAAUAAGCUUGGAGAGGGUGUUUUGGACCUGUUUACAAGGGAAGAUUGCCGUGAGGGCCGAGAAAUAGCAAUUAAGAGACUUUCAAGAACAUCUGGGCAAGGACUUGUGGAGUUCAAGAAUGAACUUAUACUCACUGCCAAACUCCACCAUACAAAUCUUGUUCGACUUCUGGGGUGUUGCAUUUAUGGAGAAGAGAAGAUGUUAAUUUAUGAGUACAUGCCCAAAAAAAACUUGGAUUUCUUCCUCUUUGGUUCACAAUAUCUCUAA